AAUCAGAGUCGCCGGGGUGGGGCCCGGCCAACUGUUUAUCCGCGGGUCACAUUGCCGUUCGCCUCAGUCUUUGGCCCCUCCCGCCGGGUGAGGUUGGCACCCCGUUUUUCCUGCUCUGAGAGGGACCGGUUGCCACCGCCGUACUUCUGUCGCCCUGUCGUCUGCGUUGUGACUGCUUUGGACGUGGGAGUCACCUGAAAGCCAGGAAAUGGACUCGGUGGCUUUCGAGGAUGUGGCUGUGAACUUUACCCAGGAGGAGUGGUCUUUGCUGGAUCCUUCCCAGAAGAAUCUCUACAGAGAAGUGAUGCAGGAAACCUUGAGGAAUCUGGCCUCUAUAGGAGAAAAAUGGAAAGACCAGUACAUUGAAGAUCAGUACAAAAAUCCCAGGAAUAAUCUAAGAAGUCUUCUGGGAGAGAGAGUCGAUGAAAAUACAGAAGAAAAUCAUUGUGGAGAAACUUCUAGCCAGAUUCCAGAUGACACACUGAACAAAAAAACUUCUCCUGGAGUAAAAUCAUGUGAAAGCAGUGUGUGUGGAGAAGUCUUCGUGGGUCAUUCUUCCCUUAAUAGGCACAUUAGAGCUGACACUGCACACAAGCCAUCUGAGUAUCAGGAAUAUGGACAGGAGCCAUAUAAGUGUCAACAACAUAAGAAAGCCUUCAGAUGUCACCCCUCCUUUCAAAUGCAAGAAAAGGCUCACACUGGAGAAAAACUCUACGAUUGUAAAGAAUGUGGAAAAACCUUCAUAUCCCAUUCAAGCAUUCAAAGACACAUGAUAAUGCACAAUGGAGAUGGAACUUAUAAAUGUAAGUUUUGUGGGAAAGCCUGCCCUUGUCUCAGCAUAUAUCUUAUACAUGAACGAGUUCACACUGGAGAGAAACCAUAUGAAUGUAAACAAUGUGGUAAAGCCUUUAGUUAUUCAACUUCCCUUCAAAUACAUGAAAGAACUCACACUGGAGAGAAGCCUUAUGAAUGUAAGGAAUGUGGGAAAGCAUUCAGUAGUCCCAAUUCCUUUUAUGAACAUAGAAGAACUCACACUGGAGAGAAGCCAUAUGAAUGCAAACAAUGUGGAAAAGCCUUCAGAUGGUUCCAUUCCUUUCAAAUACAUGAAAGAACUCACAGUGAGGAGAAGCCUUAUGAAUGUACCAAAUGUGGGAAAGCAUUCAAGUGUCCCAGUUAUCUUUGUAGACAUGAAGUGACCCACUCUGGGAAAAAGCUCUGUGAAUGUAAACAAUGUGGGAAAGCAUUAUCUUAUCUUAACUUUCAAAGACACAUGAAAAUGCACACUAGAAUGAGAACUUAUAAAUGUAAGACUUGUGGAAAAGCCUUUGAUUCUCCCAGUUCGUUUCGAAGACAUGAAAGAACUCACACUGGAGAGAAACCUUAUGAAUGCAAGCACUGUGGUAAAGCCUUCAAUCGUUCCAGUUCCUUUCACUAUCAUGAAAGGACUCACACUGGGGAGAAACCCUAUGAAUGUAAGCAGUGUGGUAAAGCCUUCAUUUCUUCCACUUCCUUUCAAUAUCAUGAAAGGACUCACACUGGAGAGAAACCCUAUGAGUGUAAGCAAUGUGGGAAAGCCUUCAGAUCUGCCUCACACCUUCAAAUGCAUGGAAGGACUCACACUGGAAAGCAACUGUAUGAAUCUAAACAAUGUGAAAAAACCUUUGGAUCUGUCAGAAACCUUCAAAUUCAUGAAAAGACACACCCUGGAGAGAAACCCUAUAAGGAAUGUGGAAAAGCAUUCAACAGUUUCUCUUCCUUUCAAAUACAUGCAACAAUGCACAGAGGACAGAAUGCCUAUGAAUGUAAAGAGUGUGACAAAGCAUUCAUAUCUGCCAAGAUCCUUCGGGUACAUGCAAGAACACACACUGGAGAGAAACCCUAUGAAUGUAAAGAAUGUGGAAAAGCGUUCAAUUAUUUUUCUUCUUUGCAUAUACACAAAAGGAUGCACACUGGAGAGAAACCAUAUGAAUGUAAGGAUUGUGGGAAAGCAUUCAGUUUGCCUGGUUCCUUUCGUAGACAUAAAAGGGCUCACACUGGAGUGAAACCGUAUGAAUGCAAGGAAUGUGGCAAAGCCUUCACUUCUUCUGGUUCCUUUCAGUGUCAUAAAAGGAUUCACACUGGAGAGAAACCCUAUGAGUGUAAGCAGUGUGGUAAAGCCUUCAUUUCUUCCACUGCCAUUCGUAGACAUGAAAGGACUCACACUGGAGAGAAACCCUAUGAGUGUAAGCAAUGUGGAAAAGCCUUUAUUUCUUUCAGUUCCAUUCAGUACCAUGAAAGGACUCACACUGGAGAGAAACAGUAUGAGUGUAAGCAAUGUGGUAAAGCCUUCAUGUCUUCUACUGCAUUUCAGUAUCAUGAAAAGACCCACACCGGAGAGAAACCCUAUGAAUGUAAGCAGUGUGGGAAAGCCUUCAUUUCUUCCAGUAGCCUUCGAUAUCAUGAAAGGACUCACACUGGAGAGAAACCCUAUGAAUGUCAGCAGUGUGGUAAAGCCUUCAGAUCUGCCACUCAACUUCAGAUGCAUAGAAAGAUUCACACUGGCGAGAAACCCUAUGAAUGUAAGCAAUGUGGGAAAGCCUACAGAUCUGUCUCACAACUUCGGGUGCAUGAAAGGACUCACACUGUAGAGCAACCCUAUGAAUAUAAGCAAUAUGGGAAAGCCUUCAGAUCUGCUAAGAACCUUCAAAUACAGACAAUGAAUGUAAACAAUUAAAUGUUUAUAGCAGCUGCA